UAACGCACAUUUCUGUUUCCAGGGGAUUAGUGAUGUGGAUAGCGCCCCUUUGGAAGUCCACCCGAAGAAAGAGCAUCCAUGAAGGCCAGCCUCCAGGCUCCUUGAUUUCUCAGGGCUCUCGUGUCCACAGAAUUAGCCAUGUUGCCGGAUUGUUUUCUUCUAGCUUGGUUCUUGGGAAGGCCUUAUUUUUUCUAGCCUGGUUCUUGGGAAAGCCAGUCAUCUGUUCAAGUCAUUUGCCUGAUUUGUAUUGCUGGGUUCAUAGAGAUUUUACUGAAUUUUUAUUUGCCAAAUCGCAAGCCACUGUUGUGUAUGCAUGUAUACGUCCCUGCGCUCCGAGCGCGAUGCCCCCGGCCACACUGCGCCCCAGCAAACACACUGGGAAACUACCGUCAGGACGAUCCGGAUUCCAGAACAGACUGAUCGUUUCUUGUUCCCGACACCUCGCCAAGUACAAAACGCGUCUGCGUCCAUCAGCACCGGAGCAGACCAUGGCACAGACCCCCAGGGAACCCGCAUCCCACCUGGUCCCGGCUUCCAGAGCUGUUUAUACUGGUCUGGGCUGGGGGGGCUGGGGGUGGACGACAGGGGAAUCUGGAGGCUCUGGGGUGGAUCCUAACAGUAAUAAUAACAAGUAUUAUUAUUACUACUUUAUUGUUAUAACAAGCCCCGAGUGCGAGGCUCUCGGAGGUUGGCCGCCCGCAUGCUUGCCUUCGGGACCUGUAGCAGAUCCUCAGUGCAGGGGAGCUGAGGACCAGGGACCCUGUGGUCACCAGGAGGUACCUCCCAGGCUGGAUGGCGGGUGA